UUUUUUACAACUCCACAAACAACAUUUUUAUGUGCCAAAAGUGUAAAAUAUAAAAAAAAAUGGAAAAAACUUAACAAACCUAUGCAAACUUGAACGCAGGAUUCCAUUUUAUAUAUUCCUAUGCAAUAAUUUUAAAAUUUGUAAACGGUUUUAUGCAAAAUCUACAAACAGAACUACAUUUUAUGUAUAUUACUUUGUAACAACUGCAUUUUUAUACAUUUAAUGGAUUUAAAAAAUAUACGAAUUAUGAAUAUAAAAAAUUCUGAACAUGUGAAAUAAGUAGGAAAGCAACAAUUUGUUAUACAUAAAUACCACAUACAGUCCCAUUUUUAAAGGAAAGUUUUUCUACUCGUUUUAAAAGUAAGCACAUUAAAGUUUCCCAUACGUAUCCGCUCAUAUGAAUAUGCAAAAUCAACAGGUUGCCAAACAAUGAAAAUAGACUUGCCUUUAAACAAAUCCCAAUAGUGUGUUGCAACUCAUCAGCAACAACAACAACGGCAGCACACUCCUUACUUCAAAACAUUUAUUGUCACAUGUGCAACUGGGAAACUUGGCUAUAAGUUCAAGUUAUGGAACUGCCAUCGAUGGUGCAACGCUCCGGCGAUACGCUGAUUGUGCGUAGUGUCGUCAGUGGCAAUCAAUUGUACUUGGAUCAGGGUGCUGCAUCCACAAACAAUAACAAUAAUAAACAUAGUAGUCCUUCACCACUGCAGCAGCAACAGUCGACUGGCGCAUCCAACAUAUCAAAUAAUGCGCUGGAACAAAUAGAACGCUAUCGUGUCGCAGCAGCGCAAUAUCAUUUGCAACAGCAGCAUCAACAGCAACAAAAUGUUACACAACAGCAACAACAAAAUGCAGCAGCUGCUUCAGCGGCAGCACAACAACAAGCGAUGGAGCUGAAGGAUGAGGGUCUGCCACAGUGUAAAAUCAAACGGAAUUAUAGCUGCAGCUAUUGCACAUAUUUCACACAGAAUCCGCGUUAUCAUUUAACACAUCUGCGUGAUGUGCACGGGGAGAAGAUUGUCAUUAAUAAGUGUAAAUUGUGCCUAUACGCGUCGAGACAUUUCCAAAAGUUGGUCCGUCAUAUGAAAAUGGUGCACGGUUGCACCGACGGUGUGACCGGCGGCCAUGGACAGCCGCGUGGUAAACGCGGCAUGAGCCGAGAAGCGCGCAAGCGAAAAUUGGAGCAAAGUGUUGGCUUGGGCAGUGCACCCAUAGAAGUCAGCGGCGCCAGCGGUAAUGUGGCGAUCAAUGGCGGCAUAUCAAAGAUGCCAACUUAUGAGCAGGUCAAACGCGAAUUAGAACUACAACGCGAUUCACUAAUCGCCGUCGUUUACGAGCGUGAAUUGCAAGCACAACGUGAACGCGAGCUGGAGGCUCGCCAGCAAGCACAAAACGUCUACGAACAAGAAAUGCAAGCAGCCUCCGCAGCGGCAGCAACUACUGAUGCACAGCGUCGACAGUCGCCUAUCACAGCAGCUGCGACUAAUAACAGUAGCAAUACUAGCAUUUCCGUUAACAGUACCAGCAAUAGCGGUGGCAAUAGUCAAAGCGAUUUUCAAUUGCCGCCCGCUCACCAACAACAACUUAAUAUCAAUACCCGCAUUAUCGAGUUAUCCCCAUCACCCUCCGAUUCGGUUUCCUCUGGUGGACAAGGGACAGAUGCAGCCAGCGCAGUUGGUUUGCACUCUGGCAGCGUUUCAUUGUCUUAUGUUGGUGAUGAGCCCACACAAAAUAGGCUUUUGAAAUGCAGUCUCUGCGAUUUUACCACAUUAUUUCGAGCACAGUUGGUCGAUCAUGAGCUGGACGAGCAUUGUAAAACGAAAUUCUUUCGCUGUGAAAAGUGUUCGUAUGUAACACACAUUAAGGCACGCUUCAGUAAACAUGUCAAAUAUCACUCAAUGCCCAUGAUCAAGUGUGUCACCUGUGAUUUUCGCACGCCCUAUAAAUGGAAUCUCGACAGACAUAUGAAGAAUCAUGGUGGCACCGGUCCAUUCAAAUGUGCCGCUUGCGAUUUCACAGCUGAUAUAAAGCAAUCACUGACAGUACAUGAAAUGAAUCAUCAUGUGCCACCGGUGGGGCAUGCAGCAGGCAUGUCUUUGGCACGACGACGCAAUAAAGUUGGCGGCACCGAUUUGUGUGAUGAUUUCCUAAGUGAUUCUGCCGACUUGCUAGAGGAUCAUUACAAUAAUAAUAAUCUCGAUGAUUACGAUGAAGCUUUAAUGACGGUGGAACCGUACAACAAACGUGGCAAGUAUGAUGAUGAUGAGCCCACCGACUUGUCAGCCAAGGGUGGCUCUUCUGACACAUCUUCCGUGCAUAAUCACAGUGUGAGCUUAUCGCAAACACCAAAGGCAAAGCGUCCAAUACCGAAUCUCAUUCCGAUACCGAAAAAUACCAAUUCUAGCAUUAUAAAUCUUUCGAAAGAGUUUGCCACCCCUCGCAGCUCUCUCACCGAUAUCGCUUCCAUGUUUUUCAAUGAUAAACAAAUUUCCGAGAUGCUGCAGCCACUAGAAAAAGCGGAUGCAUCCCAACUAUCACCCACCCCCACGGUAGUGUCCACAUCGAGUCAUGCUUCACGUAGUUUAUUGCAGAAGAAACCCAUACCAGGUGGCAGCUUUUUCGAUAAAUUAAAGUCAUCCGCCUUGGCUGGACCAAAUGAAAACCUCAUCUGCCCUUGUGGUCAUAUGGCGAAAUGUCUCUCUGAGUCCAUUAUACACCGUAAAACAUGCAACUUCGCCGCAAUCGCGGAAGAUGAUGUAGAAGAGGAGCAAGAUGAUGCUGACGAUCGGUUGGAGAUCGAUUUUACAGAUGAUGAUGAUCGGCAAUCACAUUCAGCAUUAAAUUUGAGUGUUACCGGUUCCACACGUUGUCAGCAUUGUCGUCACCGCUGCAAAUCAUCGGCGGAUCUGCUGAAUCAUUUGAAGCAGUGCACCGAAGCGAGCCGUUGUGGCAAUGACUCAUAUGAUUCACUUUCUGGUGACAGCAGUGGUGGACGGGCUGGUGGCGGAGAUUCCAAUGCUGAACAACAUCCGAUGGAGAAUCGUGUAUUCAUAUGGAAUAAAAUACCGGGAGGUGAGGCAGGUCAACGUGAAGGGAGUCAGUGUUCCGAUAGCCGUGGGCAGGCCAACAAUAACGCAGAGUCAUCUGGUAGCAGCGCACAUGGUGGUGGCAGUGCCACAUGCGAGGAAAACAGCUACUACGGUGUUGAAACAGCACCCGGUUAUGGUGAGGUAACGAAAAAGAUGACACCAGAAGAAGAGGCAGCUAAUUCUUCAUUGAAAAAAGUUUACAAAUGCCCACAUUGCUCAUUUUGGGCUUCCACAGCUUCACGUUUUCACGUACACAUUGUCGGUCAUUUGAAUAAGAAACCCUUCGAGUGCUCGCUUUGUUCGUAUCGCUCCAACUGGCGUUGGGACAUUACAAAGCAUAUACGCCUAAAGACCAUACGUGAUCCUAGUCACAAGAACGCUCGUGUGCUGAUGAAUGACGAAACCGGGCGUCGUAAUUACACCAAAUAUAAUAAAUAUAUUACAUUGAUGAAGGUGACAGAAGAGGAUGGUGAUCCGAAAUUAAUGAAAUCGGGCGAGAUGACACCCAAUCAAGUGGCAUCACUUUCCUUUAUCAAUGAUUUCAAUAAAAGUGUUGGGUCUAACGCAUUGACCUCUACACAUUUGAAUGGCAUCAAAGAAGAUAUAACAUUGGAACCAAUACCAACGAAAUCAAUUAAUGGCAAUAAUAAUAAUAAUAGUGGUGACCAAAUGUCCGACGGUUUGAUACGUCUGCCUUUUCUAGCUACCAUGAUGAACGCUGCUAUGUCACAGCAGCAACAACAAAAGGACCCUGAUCAAGGUCAAGCCACAUUGAUAACGCCUUCAGUAACGAUUUCGGCGGUGAAACGCUCGCCGCCGCCACUCAUGAAACCAAGUGAUGAUCUCGUUACGGAUGUCCGACAGGAGGGCAAUGAGAAGAAAACUUUCUAUCGCUGUCGUAAAUGCAGUUUUCGUCAUGCCAAUCGCGAUGCUGUACUCGCCCACGUCAAGAUACAUUACCAGGAUGGGAAUUAUCCCAUUGUAACAGCAACAGCAACCACUUCGCCUAAAUCUGCAAAUCCACAGCAGCAACUACAGCAACAACACAACACGCCACUACAAGUGGCUGUCAAUCCAAAUAUUUACAUGAAUAAUGUACUCGCCGCAAUGUGCCUUUCCCAACAACAACAACAACAACAACAACAACAAAAACAACCCAAUUCUGGCGCGCCAACUAACAGCAAUGAUCAGCAGCAGCAGCAGCAACAACAACAUUCCCUAAUUUCAACCGGCUUAUUACAACAGGCCAUCCAAGGUGCUUCACCAAAUUCACCAUUCGGCUGUUUGGCAUUAUCGCUUGCCGGCAAGAGUCCAGCUAAAGCAACUGCUUCUAUUUUAGAGCACGGUGAGCAGAAAGCGACACAAAACGAGGCAAGUGCCCAAAGGCCGACGUCGCCCAAACAACAAAACAGUUGCAAUAACAAUAGCUACAACAACAGCAUAAACCAAAAUAACAUUGCCAUAACUAAUUUAGCGACGAUGUCUUCAUCGUCGUCACCUUCACCCAACUCCUCGGGCGGCUUCAUAGGUGCUGGUAUAGUCGGUACGGCCACAUCAGCAUCGGCAACAGCAGCAUCAUCGUUGCAACACUUGUUGACCUCACCGCGUGGCACUUAUACAUCGUUAUCAGCAUCAUCAUCAUUACGCAAUCAAUUGCAUUCGCCUACAAUAAGCAACAACAACAAUAAUAAUGGUGGUAGCGUUGGUGGUGUCAGUGGUCAUAUCAAUAACAAUAGUAAACUAAAUAAUAAUAAAACUUUGGUUAUGGGUGCAUUAACAGCUAUGAAAGACAGCAAUAGCAACAACAACAACAACAACAGUGCAACAACACUUUUGCACAGUUCAAAUGACAAUGUCUUUGAUUCGCCUACAAACCCAGCAAUUUUGCCAACAACAGCCGAUGCAAGUGGUUAUUCAUCUUCAUUACUCUCAUCACCAAGUGCAGCAGCAUCAAGUGGUGCACUUGCACUCAACACGCCUAGUGCCACAACAGUAACUACACUUCUAACUACUCCUACAAAUUCUGCUAAUUCAUCCAUUGGUGCAAGGUCCUCUAGCAAUCCAUAUCAUAUGCAAAUGGGUCUCAUCGGUGCUUCGUCUAUUGCCACCAACAAUCCAAGUGGUAGCAUUGGUGAUGGUGGUAGUGUUAAUAACGUUGGUGUUGUUGGUGGUGGUGGUGGUGUCGGUGUCAUUGGUAGUCACACGACUCAUAGUGAUAUUAAUAAUAGUCUAUGUAUUGGUGGUAUUAUGUUUGGUUCUAAUAAUUCUAAUACAACUACAACUACUACUAGUUUAAUUCGCAAUACUUCUUCCAUACCUCCUACUACUACUACUACAUCAACAACAACAAUAGCUAGCAGUCCAACAACUGCUGGCCAUAGUGGUGGGGCAUCAUCAUCUUCAUCUAAUUUGUUAUUGAAUUCGGCUCAGUCGGCAACAGCAGCGGCGGCAGCGGCAGCGGCAGCAGCUCUUUAUGCUUCCAAUGCGAUAACAUUGUCACCGACAACGACAAACAAUUUCAAUAGCCAUAAUAUCAAUAUUAUUAAUAACAAUAAUAAUAUCAAUAAUACACAAAAUCUCAAUCCAAAUCAGAGUAACAAUUGUAGUAAUUUAUUAGUAAACGACAGCGAGCGACGUGAACCGUCGCCGUAUCGUUGCGGUCAUUGUCAUCAAGUAUCAAAUUGGAAGCAUGUCAUUCAGCGGCAUUGUCGUUUGAAACACGCUGGCGACAUACGCAUCGAAACCCUUGAUCGCUCCAUCAACCCCAACGAUCGUAAUGCGCCGCCCGUUUAUCGACCGCUCGGCAAUGGCGCGACCAAUGAAUCCAAUUAUGGGCUCACACUUAAAGCCUUACAACAACAGCAACAGCAGCUUCAGCAACAACAACAGCAGCAUCAGCAGCACCAGCAAUCGCCACAUCUGCAGCAAAACAACAUUGCUGGUCCAUCAGCAAGCAACUCAGUACUUAUGAACAACAACAACAGCAGUAGCCAUAAGGCUGAACACAGUCUUCUACACUCACCACUCGCCGGCACAGCAGCCGCCAAUGCAGCCACCACACCGCAAGAAUUGCAACAAGCUGCCGCUGCUUAUUUGGCAGCCACCUACAAAGCGGCCGCUGCUUCCGGUGGCAAUAGCUCGGCUGCCGCUGCUGUUGCCGCUGUAGCUGCGCUGGGUAUUACCAGCGAGGAUUUGUUGUUGCAUCAGCAAUUGCAACAAAAUGAUCAAAUUGAAAUCACACGUCUGCCUACUGGCGGUCUGUCCAGUGCUGGUAUGCAGUCGCAGGCACAGACGCAGUCUCAGCAGCACCAACAACAACAACAACAGCAGCAGAAUUCCAAAUGUAAGCAGCAAAAGUGUCCACUGUGUCCUUACAUCUCGGAGAGUAAAUCGCAAAUGAACUAUCACAUCUCGCUGCAUAAGCCCACACAGUACGAGUGCUCGUUGUGCACCUUUGUGUGCGCCAAGAAGCAGCAUUUGAGCAGUCACAUGCGCACCGUACACCAGCAACAUAGUUUGAGCGGCUCCAAUAACCCGAUGAGCAGCAUGAGUGCCGCUCUCAAUUCCAUGGAUUUCAGCAUGGCUUUGCAAUUGGCUGCCGUGGCGCAGGCGCAACAGGAUCCAUCAUCACCACUGGCUAUUGAUCUGACAGCUUUAAAACAGAAAAUCUCUGCUGUGCACCAGCAACAACAACAACGUCUAACACAACAGACAAAUGCACAAGAACAACCACACACACCUCUCACCUUCCCACACCCGCAUGCGCCUUUAACUGGUGAAAACCAAAUUAAAAGUAUACUCUUUUGUCCCAAGUGCCCUGCGCGUUAUAUGCAAAAAUACAGUAAGACCUCCAAUGCCAGAGCGGAGCUGGAGGAUCAUCUGAAAUAUCAUAACGGCAACAGCAACAACAGUGACAUGCAACCCGCCUACAAAUGUGAGUUCUGCGAUUACGCAGCACCACAUGAAACACAUAUACAAAAGCACCGUUAUGUGCACACACGCACAUACCAGGAUAAAUGUGCUGAGUUAUACAAGCACUUGCCGGAAGAUACCGAAUAUGCGUCACCCAAACUCAUGCAAAUCACCUUGGCCAAGAGUCUGCAACAGGCGCCCGAGACCAUUUGGAUAGUUGAUAAUGAUUUGAAUGAGCAAUGCAAGGUGCAACAGCAACAUGCCAGCAUAUCCUCCUCAUCCGUCACGCCCACAGCGUCAGCAACAACACCGGCAACAAUGCCAACAACAGCACACUUCGAUACAGCCAAUUCGCUGCUGAAGAAACAAUUGGAAUCCGGCAUGGGUAGUAGCAGCAGUACUGUUAUUGGUAAUGCGACCAUGCUGAGUUCACCUUCCCCUACGCACACUUCCAAAGAGCUCGCCAUAGCCGACGCUGAUGAUUCCUCGAAUAUGCCAUCGACCAGCGCUUCGGUGGCCACAAGUGAUUUGGCUGUAGAUGGCGGCAGCGAUUUCACCUCCAGCAUUGCCUCACCAGCACCCAUGGAGAAGUGUCUCUACUGCCCCUAUGAAACGAAACAUACCACACUAUAUAAAGCACAUCUACAACAUCACAUUUGCAUUAGCAACCAGAAGGAGGCCUACACCUGCGAACAUUGCGAUUACAGCGAUGGCAAGCAGGAGCAUAUUGAAGAGCAUACACGCGUGCACUUCAGUGCAGUGGAAAAACUAAAAUCUGUUGCCUUCUUCACCUCCUACGACAAUUUGGAGUUGAGUGUAGAGCAAGAGGACGUUGCCGACGAGCGGCUAGCCACAGCACAGCAGCAUGAGGCGGCAAAUCAGGAGGAGGUAAGCGAUUCCGAUAAGGCAGCAACUGACAGCAACAGCAACAACAACAACACCAACAUGAAUGAUAUACACAGCCAGGAAAUGGUAGCUGAUGUGUCCGCAAUGUUGCAAUUUAAUUUCAAGCAAGAGCAUCAUGACAACAACAAUGAGGAGCAUGUUAUCAACGAAAAUAUGCUGAAGGAGCAACAGCUGGCCGUGGGUGGUGUGGCAAAGAGCAAUAGUGCGAAAAUAAACGCUGAUACAGAUGAGAAAGCGGAUGAGAAGACAUCAGCAACAACAAGUACGGACAGCAUUAAAAAGCCUUGCAACAAAAUUAUACUGUACAAAAAUGAUGGCUGCCUAAGCGUAAAACGUGAAGGUAGCAACAACAACAACCCUAAUGCAAGUGCCAACUCUGAAAAUAUCAGCGAUCGCUUGCGACGUCGCAUCAGUCGCAAUAACAGCAGCAAUAUCGCCCAGUUGAAUGGUUGUGUGAACAAUAAUAAUAAUAAUAACAACAACAACAACAACAAUCUUAAUAACAUUAAUAAUGGCGAUGAGCAGUCAACUGCUGCAGCUGCUGCUGCUGCUGCUGGUGGCGUACAACAACAACAAGGCCAUAAAACUAUAUUAGUAAAUGCCAAAACUGGUCAGGUUAUAAGUAGGAAUUAAUUUUUUUUCAUAAAGAUUACUGUUAAGUAGUAAUGCGUGUGUCCAUAGUAGUGUGCGGGAGCAUAUGUAAAUGAAAGAAAACAAAGAGUUUGAAACUAAACGAAGAAGGGUGGCUUGUAUAUACCUUAAACAAUUUUAAUUUUGACCACAAAGAGUCUUAAUGCGUUUGAGACAGAAAGCAAAAUUAUUUAAAAAUAAUUUUCUCUCUUUUUACCGAAGAGCUGGAGCGGUUUGAUGGAAUGGCACUUUUUUUUGCUUUUUUAAUAAUUUUUAUUUUGCGUCUGCAUAAGUUCUUUGUUUGCUAACAAAAUGCAUACAUACAUAUAUACACACAUAUAUUCGUGAACAUAAUUUUAUUAUUAAAUAUUUAAUGCAAUUUCGGCUUAAUAUAUUGUUUAUAUUGCUUAGCACUAUUUGUUGUUUUACUUAUUUGUGUUAAGCGCAAAAGCGCAUAUUUUGUUUCACAUAGAAAAUAAAAAAUAACAACAACUUACUUGUUAUAUGUUAAACUAA